AUGAUAAACUUCUAGUAGUAUGAGCUUUUCUAAAAUUAAUGCAAAGAGUAUCUUUGCGGAUAAAAUGUUAAUAUGGCUUCAACAAAAUUAACUAGAUCUGAAUAGGAAAGAGAUCUAUCUAUGAGCUUAAUUAAAAAUGAAAAAUAAAAUAUUGAAAGCAAAGACAUUUGCGAAUCAGAAUUUUCUUUUUCAGGGAAUCUUUAAUUGCAAGAAGAAGGAUUUGAAAUGAGUGAUCUUGUAUAAAAAUUCGAUAAAAUUUCAAAAAAUAAUAUCAGUAAGAAUAUUAUUAAAGCUUUUUUUAACUAUUUAAUAGAUAUAAAAAAAAAUGAUUUACUCACAGAUUUUGUGUAUAAAGGAGUCUUGCCAACUCAUGCUCGUAAAAUGGCUAAAAGUUUUAUUUAAAGCUAUAUUUUUAAUAAUAAAUCACUUCUUAAGCUGAUUUAACAUCCAAAAUAUGGAAAAGCUUUUGAAUUUUAUUUGACUUUUGAGGCAUAAAAAUGGUUAAUGAAUAGUAAAGUUUAGUAAAAAGAAAUUCAUUUAAUUUAUAUUGAUUUUUUAAAACUUCUUUGUUCAAAUCCUAAAUACUCGAAUCAUAUUAUUUCAUACAAAAAUAACAAAAAGAUCAAAUUAAAUGAAUGA